GCGGCGCCCGGGAACAUGUGGGUGAACCCCGAGGAGGUGCUGCUGGCCAACGCGCUGUGGAUCACCGAGAGAGCCAACCCCUAUUUCAUCCUGCAGCGGAGGAAGGGGCACGCGGGCGAUGGAGGCGGCGGCGGCGGACUGGCGGGUCUCCUGGUGGGCACCCUUGAUGUCGUGCUGGACUCCAGUGCCCGGGUCGCUCCUUACCGAAUCCUGUACCAGACCCCAGACUCCUUGGUCUAUUGGACCAUUGCCUGUGGUGGUUCUAGAAAAGAAAUCACUGAACACUGGGAAUGGCUUGAGCAGAAUCUGCUGCAGACACUCUCCAUCUUUGAAAAUGAGAAUGAUAUCACCACAUUUGUGAGAGGCAAAAUACAGGGCAUCAUUGCAGAGUAUAACAAAAUCAAUGAUGUGAAGGAGGACGAUGACACGGAGAAGUUCAAGGAAGCCAUCGUGAAAUUCCAUAGGCUGUUUGGAAUGCCUGAGGAAGAGAAACUCGUCAACUACUAUUCCUGCAGCUACUGGAAGGGGAAGGUCCCCCGUCAGGGCUGGAUGUACCUCAGCAUUAAUCACCUCUGCUUUUAUUCUUUUCUAAUGGGAAGGGAAGCCAAGCUGGUGAUCCGGUGGGUGGACAUCACGCAGCUGGAGAAGAACGCCACGCUGCUUCUGCCUGAUGUGAUCCAAGUGAGCACGAGAUCCAGUGAACAUUUCUUCUCCGUGUUUCUCAACAUCAAUGAGACCUUCAAGUUAAUGGAGCAGCUCGCCAACAUUGCCAUGAGGCAGCUCUUAGACAAUGAGGGGUUUGAGCAAGACCGAUCCCUGCCCAAACUGAAAAGGAAAUCUCCUAAAAAGGUGUCCGCUCUAAAACGCGACCUUGAUGCCAGGGCAAAGAGUGAGAGAUACCGUGCGCUUUUCCGGCUGCCCAAGGAUGAGAAGUUGGACGGCCACACAGACUGCACCCUGUGGACGCCUUUCAACAAGAUGCAUAUUUUGGGACAGAUGUUUGUGUCCACAAACUACAUCUGCUUUACCAGCAAGGAGGAGAACCUGUGCAGCCUCAUUAUUCCUCUCCGAGAGGUGACGAUUGUCGAAAAGGCAGACAGCUCCAGCGUGCUCCCCAGUCCAUUAUCCAUCAGCACCAGGAACAGGAUGACCUUCCUGUUUGCCAAUUUGAGAGACAGAGACUUUCUAGUACAGAGGAUCUCUGAUUUCCUGCAACAGACCACCUCCAAAAUAUACUCUGACAAAGAGUUCGCUGGAAGCUACAACAGUUCAGAUGAUGAGGUGUAUUCUCGGCCCAGCAGCCUCCUUUCCUCCAGCCCCCAGAGGAGUACCAGCUCCGACGCCGAUGGAGAGCGCCAGUUUAACCUCAACGGCAACAGUGUCCCCACGGCCACACAGACCCUGAUGACCAUGUAUCGGCGGCGGUCUCCUGAGGAGUUCAACCCCAAAUUGGCCAAAGAGUUUUUAAAAGAGCAAGCCUGGAAGAUUCAUUUUGCUGAGUACGGGCAAGGGAUCUGCAUGUACCGCACGGAAAAGACCCGGGAGCUCGUGCUGAAGGGCGUGCCAGAGAGCAUGCGUGGGGAGCUCUGGUUGCUGCUGUCAGGUGCCAUCAACGAGAAGGCCACGCAUCCCGGCUACUAUGAAGACCUUGUGGAGAAGUCCAUGGGAAAGUAUAAUCUCGCCACUGAGGAGAUUGAGAGGGACCUCCACCGUUCCCUCCCAGAACACCCUGCCUUCCAGAACGAAAUGGGCAUCGCUGCUCUGAGGAGAGUCUUAACAGCUUACGCUUUUCGAAACCCUAACAUAGGGUACUGCCAGGCCAUGAACAUUGUCACAUCAGUGCUGCUGCUUUAUGCCAAAGAGGAGGAAGCUUUCUGGCUGCUGGUGGCUCUGUGUGAACGCAUGCUUCCUGAUUACUACAACACCAGGGUGGUCGGUGCCCUGGUGGACCAGGGUGUCUUCGAGGAACUUGCCCGGGACUAUGUCCCGCAGCUGUACGACUGCAUGCAGGACCUGGGCGUGAUCUCCACCAUCUCCCUGUCCUGGUUCCUCACGCUCUUCCUCAGCGUCAUGCCCUUUGAGAGUGCGGUUGUCGUGGUCGACUGUUUCUUCUAUGAAGGAAUCAAAGUGAUAUUCCUUGGCCUGGCUGUGCUGGACGCCAAUGUGGACAAACUUUUGAACUGCAAGGACGACGGGGAGGCCAUGACCGUUUUGGGAAGGUAUUUGGACAGCGUGACCAACAAAGACAGUACGCUGCCCCCCAUCCCUCACCUCCACUCCCUGCUCAGCGAUGACGUGGAGCCCUAUCCUGAGGUCGACAUCUUCAGACUCAUCAGAACGUCCUAUGAGAAAUUUGGAACUAUCCGGGCAGAUUUAAUUGAGCAGAUGAGAUUCAAACAGAGACUGAAGGUGAUCCAGACGCUGGAGGAUACUACGAAAAGGAAUGUGGUACGAACUAUCGUCACAGAAACUUCCUUUACGAUUGAUGAGCUAGAAGAACUUUAUGCUCUUUUCAAGGCAGAGCAUCUAACAAGCUGCUACUGGGGUGGGAGCAGCAACGCACUGGACCGGCACGACCCCAGCCUGCCUUACCUGGAGCAGUACCGCAUCGACUUUGAGCAGUUCAAGGGCAUGUUUGUUCUGCUCUUUCCCUGGGCCUGCGGAACCCACUCUGACGUGCUGGCCUCCCGCUUAUUCCAGUUACUGGACGAAAAUGGAGACUCUCUGAUCAACUUCCGAGAGUUUGUCUCUGGGCUGAGUGCCGCAUGCCAUGGGGACCUCACGGAGAAGCUCAAACUCCUGUACAAAAUGCAUGUCUUGCCUGAGCCGUCCUCUGAUCAAGACGAGCCAGAUUCUGCUUUUGAAGCAACUCAGUACUUCUUUGAAGAUAUCACCCCAGAAUGCACACAUGUGGUUGGGUUGGACAGCAGAAGCAAACACAGUGUAGACGAUGGCUUUGUCACAGUGAGUCUAAAGCCGGACAGAGGGAAGAGAGCAAAUUCUCAAGAAAAUCGUAAUUAUCUGAGACUCUGGACGCCAGAAAAUAAAUCUAAAUCAAAGAAUGCAAAAGAUUUACCCAAAUUGAAUCAGGGGCAGUUUAUCGAGCUGUGUAAGACGAUGUAUAACAUGUUCAGCGAGGACCCCAACGAGCAGGAGCUGUACCACGCCACGGCAGCAGUGACCAGCCUCCUGCUGGAAAUCGGGGAGGUGGGCAAGCUCUUCGCCGGCCAGCCUACCAAGGAGGGUGGCAGCGGGGGCAGCGGGCCGUCUUGCACCCAGGGCAUCCCUGCUGGCAUGCUCUUCCCCAAGAAAGGGCCGGGCCAGCCUUACGGGUCAGAGUCUGUGGAGCCCCUCCCAGCCAGCUUGGCGGGGGAUGGUGAGGAACACUCCCUGGGGGGACAGAUGGAGGACAUUAAGCUGGAGGACUCCUCACCCCGGGACAACGGGGCCUGCUCCUCCAUGCUCAUCUCUGAUGACGACACCAAGGAUGACAGCUCCAUGUCCUCGUACUCGGUGCUGAGUGCCGGCUCCCACGAGGAGGACAAGCUGCACUGCGAGGACAUUGGCGAGGACACAGUCCUGGUGCGCAGCGGCCAGGGCACAGCCGCGCUGCCCCGGAGCACCAGCCUGGACCGGGACUGGGCCAUCACCUUUGAGCAGUUUCUGGCUUCCCUUCUCACUGAGCCAGCCCUGGUGAAGUACUUUGAUAAGCCCGUGUGCAUGAUGGCCAGGAUCACGAGUGCAAAAAACAUCCGGCUGAUGGGCAAGCCUCUCACCUCAGCCAGUGACUACGAGAUCUCGGCUGUGUCGGGCUGAAUCCCUGGGGACCAGGACAAUGGGGGUCGGGGGGAAGGGUUUUUUUUAUGUUCUGUGUUGGGGUUUCUUUCUUCCUUUUAAAUUAAAUAUUUAUUAGUAUCCGGCUUGAAGCCUAGUGUUUUCAUGAUAUAAUACAAUGAAAACUGUUGGAGAAAUAUUUAAACACCUCGAUGUAGGUACAGUAUACAACACUCUUGUUGGGGGGACGGGAUUUACCAGAAUAUAGUUUAUUCAGUGAAUUCCAAAAAAAGAUGAAUCUGUCCGUGAUAUGUGUGUAUUAUAACUUCUUAAUCUUGCUGUUGAGCUGUAUACAUGGUUUAAAAAAAAUACAUAGUGCUGUUUAACGCUGAGUAAGGCAGCAGCCAUUGUGUAUUUGGGCUUUUUAGAUAAAAUUAGAGCUGUAAGAAAAGCGGAAUGCGACAAACACAGAAUGUUCUUAAAUGAAAUAGGCAUUGUCAGCUGGGGUGAAUCCUGUACCACUUUUAGGGAGCAUUACAGAUAUUUUUUAAGAUUUGAAAUCUAUUUCAUAAAUAUCCUCUAUCAAAAAAUCGUAUUCAACAGAUGUUCCCACUUGAGGUUCUAAGCAGUUAUGAAAGUGUCAGUGACUUUUACAUGAUGCCAGAAUAACACCUGUAUUUAUCAAUCCAGACAAAUACCAAUUUUGCAUUAAAAAAAAAACUGAUUAUUUAAGUCACCUGGCCAAAAAUUCAGGAGAAAUGAACUGUCCUUUGUUAUAGAGAAUCUGAAAGUGGCAACAAAAUUGACAAGAAGGCUCAGGAUUUUUUUGGGGGUGCAGUGGGGGAAAAGUAAAAGUAUUGAUGCUUCUCAUACUGGAUUUUCAGCUUCUUGUUACUCGUUGCAAAUAAAGCAAAAAAUAAAACAAUAAAGUUUGCCAUGUCCAUACUCUCCAUAGGUUCAGGAAAUUGUACCAUGUAUCAUAUAUGACCAUGUUUCCAGUUAAAUCAAUGUAGAGAUAAUGUAAACUGAAAAGAAAAAAAAAAAAACCCUGCAAGAUAACCUAACGGAAUGUUUAUAAAGCUGAACUUGUCACUUUAUAUAAGAGAAUAGUAUGCUCUAUUUCCUGAAAGGACUUGGAAAUGAAAACUAUCGCACCUGCACUUUGUAUUCUUGCUUCCUUUUUUAAUUACUAUUAUAGUUUUGUCUUUUACAGAUGUUGGAAGUUUUUUCUUCUUGUUUAAUUCAUAAUCAUGGUCACAUUUUCUUGGUUUAUUCAGAAUAUUUCCUUCCAAUGCAUUCCUUUAUUUUAGUAUUCAUUGUGUCUUUAUUUUAGCUCUUGCUGCUGUUUUUUAUUUUGUUUACAGAAUGAUUUUUUAAACUGUCCAAUGAAAUAGUGUUAACCUCAAAUAGGAUAAAUGUGAACCAAUAAAAUCCAUCAGAUACCCAGAUGUGGACUUUA